AUGACACUUUGCAAGACCUGCGACUCGCUACCUGUUGAGGAGGAGGAUACAACAAAGCUCGGAGAAUAUAACGAGGUUGUUUCAAGAGCAGACGCUGGCUGCGACGGUUGUCGAUUCUUCAUCACAAUCCUGCAAUCUUCUAUUAACUGGAAAUGCCGCUUGGAUGAAUUACCAGGGAGGGUGCUCUUCUUGGAACUCCUUCGCUUGCAGGUCAAGAAACCGACCGAGCUGAGUAGAUCCAGUUACACCUUGGAUGAUUUGAAUUUCGAUGUUUGUGUACCGGAGGGAGAAGAACAUGAGGAGCUUGACUCAGUGCGGAUUGUGCCUACAACUCCCCUAGAUGAGAAAGGCCUCGAUCAGAUCCGAUUGUGGGUUUCAGAAUGUUCUGGGCAUACAGAUUGCUCGAAACCGGAGGCCGUUAGCCUGCCUAAAGCGAUCAUUGAAAUUCCCAGCGAUGAGAAAGAAGCGCCCCAAGUCUGUCUUUCCGAAGGAAGAACAGGCAACUACGUUGUUCUAAGCUAUUGCUCCGACAGUACUCCAGCUCUACCAGCUUCAGAAACUGCCAAUCUCCCUAUCUCACUGGAUGUAAAUUCGCUUCCGAAAACCGUAGCAGAUGCUAUAGAAGUCACCCGCCGGUUAGGAUAUCGCUACCUAUGGGUCGACGCGCUCUGCAUGACCGGCCACAACUGGGACGAAAACAUACGGGCAUUCGUUUCCAUCUACAGCCAAGCCGAACUGAUGCUUUCAGCCACGGACGGAGAAAAUGCAAACUCAGGGUUACUACAUGAAAGACAAGUGCUCUACUCCCCUGCACUGGGCCCCGAGAAAAACAGAUAUCUCCGACAAGAGCUGCUGCGGUGGAAAUCAGAUUUGGAAAACUCUCCGCUGGAGAAACGCGGAUGGCCUUUCGUGGAGCGUGCUCUAGCACCGCGGAUUGUGCAUUUUGGCAAUCACCAGAUGAUGUGGGAAUGUGCGGCAGGACUCCAGUACGAGGCAUCCAAGCACAAGAACAACACGAUCGGCAGUGGCCAGAUUCGAAUGCACUAUCGAAAACAGGUGGUCCAGCCCUAUAUCAAUGGGGCGCUCCUUGGUCACAGAAACACCGAACCCUUGAGCAGCGACGAUCUCAAUCGAUAUGAGGCCUGGCACCAAUGCGUCGAUGAAUUUUCGGGCCGCAAACUGAAAAGACCAGCCGACAAGCUGCCCGCCAUGGCUCCGCUAGCCAAUCUUCUAGAUGACGGCUCCAUGGGGACGUACUUGGCCGGAAUCUGGAGCAACAACAUCGCCGUUGGUCUAACUUGGGGACGGCCAUGGGCCCUUCUUACUCCAUCGCCAAUUUACCGGGCACCAAGCUGGAGCUGGGCCAGCGUCGACGGCAAAAUAAGCUCGACGGCGCUUGCAUGGCCAGAAGAUCUGAUGGAUGAUCAUUCCAAAGACCCAUCCUGGAUCAACAAGUACCAACCUAAACUGCUUUCACAUGACAUGAUUCUCGAGGACCCAUCAAACCCCUACGGCCGGGUUUUAGAAGGCUCCUCCAUCACCAUCGAGGGGUGCUGCAUUGGAUUCAUGAGCCUUGUGGAGGCGAUUGGACCCAGUCCUCAUUUCCAAGUGAUACCACUCUUGGAUGAAUCACAAGCGUUCGACUGCCAAUGCUGCGCUGGCCGAUCGGAUGAGGACCAGCAGACAGAAAUAAAGAAGAUAGAAGGCGAAAUCGAACACCAUAUCUGCAUGAUAUUGCAGGGGGAUGCAUGGAGAGUAAAAGAGGAGUGGAGUCCACACCGCGGCUUCUGCGAUCUUCUCAUGCUGACAGCUUUGGGCGACAUGACUUUCAAACGGGUCGGGACAAUGCGUAUCAACUGUGAGGAUUCCAAGGAUUCCAAGCCUGCAAAUGCAGCGUUCGAUGCAUUGAAUUGGGAAAGGCGGGAGUUGAAAUUGGUCUGAUCUGCUGAUCCCGGGCUGUGAUCGAUGUAGCUAGUCGGCUGACGUAUUUGUAACCGCUCUGCACUUCCAUAUUAGCUGAAGACAAUAUCGCUAGAUGACUACUGCCUGGUAUAUCCGAAACUGUACACUCUAUAAAGUGUGGCCAGACUUGUCUACAUUCAGAGGCCUGUCGAUCGUAACAUGACGCCUAUUAUCUCAUUCAACCAGAACUUGAUUGAAAGUGAUAGAAACCAGUUCACAGCCCCGAAGCUGGAAAAAGGGACCAUAUUCGCGCGCCAGCGCGUCCCAGAGCCCGAUCUACUCCUGACAAACGCACAUUUUAUAGAGCCCUUCACGCAAUGAACCGAGCACCCGGGAACCAAGAAUAUCGAGAGACCGAGCAAAGUGAUUGUAUUCGCCCCUAUGUAAUGAAAAAAGCCGAUACCGAAUAUCAAAUCGUCUCAAAAAAGAAUCUCUACAACAAAGAUAGAGAGCAGAGCCGUUUCAAAUGCCAUCAAUUAAGGACAACCCCCAGUUCGCAGAAAAUAUUCGUUACACAACCAAAUUUG